AUGCCCCGACUCGAGGCAAACGGCGAUACACCGGCACGGAAUGCUGGCGAAUCCGCCGACCCUGUGGAGGCGGCCAACGCGAAGCCGGACGACGUCUUUGUCAAGGAUUAUGUGCCAUUACUACCUUGUGAAUGGACGCACCCCGUGUCCAAAACCAGAUAUGCCAUAUCCCUCUUUCAGGCGGCGCGGCUGACAGAGGCCCAAGUCGACAGGUGCUUUGGCAUCGUGGACCAAACGAGCGGCCGGGACUAUCGCCUGUCGCUGCAGGGCUGGCACCCGUCUGCCAAAAAGGAGGAGAUGAGGUCCCCUGAUCUGCGGUACAUUCUGGUCCGGCGCGGGGAGGAGAUUUGCGGAUUCACGUCGCUCAUGCCGACAUGGGAGAAUGGCGAGCCGGUGGUGUAUUGCUAUGAGAUUCAUCUGAUGGAUGAAGUAAAAGGGACGGGUUUGGGCAGCCAGUUGAUGGGAUACUUGACAGAGGUGGCUGAGCGGGCAGAAGGCAUUGACAAGGUCAUGCUGACGUGCUUUGUGAGGAACGAGCGUGCCAGGCGGUUCUACGAACGGCUUGGGUUCGACGUGGAUGAGAAUUCGCCGAGGGAGAGGAGGUUGAGGGGGAAGCUGAUCGCGGCGGAUUACGUGAUUAUGAGUCGGAGGGUGAAGAGGGGGAGGAGGAAGAAGCCUGUGGCAGGUGGUGAUGGAUGA